GCUGACAGGGGAGAGAUUUGUCUGUAAACAAUACAGAUCUCUCCCCUAUCAGCUCCAGCACACUGCUUUGUAUGGCUGUGCAUGGCAGAGCUAGUGAAGCACACACACACAGACAACACAGUAAAACACAGCACAGCACACAGUUAACCCUUUGAUUGCCCCAAAUGUUAACCCCUUCCUGCACAGUGCCAUUAGUACAGCGUCAGUGCUUUUUAUUAGCACUGAUCACUGUAUUGGUGUCACUGGGGAUGUCAGUGACACCGAGUCAGUUCCCCCCAGUGUCAGAAUGCCCACCGCAGUCCCGCUAUAAGUCGCUG